GUGCACCUCAGUGUCGCGUCUGUCAAUUUAUCCAGCGCGUUCCAAUGUCGUCAAUUGAGCUCCUGCGACUAUUCAAGCUCCUCUCUUAACUACCAUCACACCCGUGCCACUCGAAUCUAUCGGCGGGCAUACAACACAGCUGCCACGCCUAAGAAUGUGAUCCGCUCCAGUUAAGGAUUGACUCCUUUCUCGAAGCCAUGGCGACCAGUCGGCAGGAGCGCAUGCAAGAGCGCAUGCGCGGGGCGCAUUCUCAUCAGGUUGCCGAUAUCUCGUUCAAUUUCGAGAUCCCUCUACCCGUAGAGGAACCCUCGUCGGAGGAACCCACUGGUCACGAUGAAGCGUCUUCGCCAACAAAAUCGCCAGAUACGGCUCUUGCUCCAGCUCCUACGGUAGAGACACAGCCUAUUGCUGCGCCGGUGUUGACACGUCCAACGCCCAAUACGUCUGUCAAAAGGAGUCGUAGGAGCCCCCCAUCAGCAACAUCGAUAGCCGGGAUACAUACACAGCCCCAGCCGCCGCACCCUCGAGCUACGAGCCCUUCAGCCGCGUCUGCGCAGUCGCGCUCUCCCGAAACGAACGAUCUUUUACAUACCGUCAUCAGCGAGCGACCAACUCGAGAGCGCUCCUCUGGUUUGCGACGCACUUCUCCCGCGCGGGCGGACCAGGGACGAGAAGAUGCGGCAUCACCGGUGGUAGAUAGGCCUUCUAGCCCAGCCCAGUCACAGCAGCAUCAGCAUUUGAAAUCGCCCGAGCAGCUGCCACCACCACCACCAAUAAGCAGUGCGUCGAAAGCACAUCGCCGGCCUCGCUAUGUCUCACCAACUGCUCUGACGGAAGAGGUGGACGAGAGCCCGGCCGAUGCUCCCGGGAGCGGAAGACGCCGACCACUACGGGUUGGUGAACCUGGGAGCGCAGUCCAUGGGUCCAGCGCGUUGCUCCAGCGGGUUCUGGAGGACUUGGACGACGGGACUGAACAAGUACCAGAGCAAUCUUCUCCGCUUGAGCGUGCGGCUUCACGGAAGAGUGGAGACUUAUUUGCUGCUAGGAGGGUGGCGGCCGAACCGCGGAGGAGCACAAGACUCUCAGGUAGCAGUCCACCUGAAAGUGUGGCGAGCCAAGAUCUAGGAGAAGAACCCUCACCGUCAAAGGGAGCGCAGCGGGGCGGAACUGAGAGGGAGGAAGACCCAGGGUCUGACACAGGAGACAAACAGCGUGAUACGCGUGGUGCUGAGCUUGCAAAGGACGGUGGCGUCGAAAACGAGCGCCCCAGCAGGCAGAGGGGGAAGAAUGGAGACCAGGAAGACGACACUGAAAAGGCUCAGGAAAUCACCGACAAGGAGGCUGCUAGACUUCUCGGCCGAAAACGCCCCAGACGAGCUGUUCCUACGCCCUCCCCACAGCCGGAGGCAAGACCAUCUGAGGAGGGGCCCCUGCCAAAGCGACGCCGCAGACAAGCUGAGCCAGCUGAUACGACCCAACAAAAACAAACCAAAGUACGGCGGGAAAGGCUUCAGCGCGCGCCUACUCCGGUACCUAGUCCUCCCCAGGUCCCGCAGAAACAACCAAAGCAACAGAAGGCACCCGCAACUCGCAAAUCUACGACUCAGAAUCCCCCCAAGCCGAAGAAGGGCAGAAAAACAGCCAAGAAGGAUGGUGCGGAGGACGAAGGAAAGGGAGAAAAGGCGGAAGCCGUUCCAAUUACCGUCCAACGCUUCACAAAGCCUCCCAGAGCCAGCGAUGGUCCCGACGAACUAAAUGCCGGAGUUUUCGACGCCGAGAUUCCCUUUGCGAACAGAGCCGGCGUCAACGCCAUCGACGUUCUCUCCGAACUAUGCGAGGGUCUUAUCGCAGGGUUCCUAGCCAGGCUGGAGGAACGAGCCAGGCUUGCCGAUGACGCAGCAACAAAGAGGGAACAAAAGACCAAGUUCCGCACCAUGGAGGCGUUCCAAGAGGAGCUGAGGACCAGGCUGCUAGAACAUACCAUCGCCCUCGACACGCUCCACGCCCUGCGCAAGCGGGUAAGGGUGGUGCAGAAGGAGAAGCUGGGGUUGAGAGAGGAGAUCUUGAGGAUACGCGCCGAGAGAGAUCAGGUUUCGCUGAGGAUGGAUGCUAUUCGGAUUAAGCAUGAGGUGGAUAGCAAGGAGGCUUUGCGACACAUAUCGCUCUCUUCUGCCAUGCAUGACAUAGACCUUGCGGUGGAAAGAGGUCAGGCAGCUCCUGAACUGUCCGCGGCUGAGCAGAAGAUGGCAGACUUGGCGAAUCUGGAGUUCCUCAUUAGCAGGGUGUCGGGCGAGGUGUCCAACAAGGGUAACGACGGUGGGGCAUUAAAGCAGAUCAAGGAUUUCAAUGCGUUUUUGGAGCGAGCGGCAAGUGUUUUAGAGGGCAGGUAGUUAGGUUUAUGACUUAGAAUGGCAUAGCGACACCACUGGAAAAGGCGUCUCCAGAAAGGGAACCCGUGUAUUGACCCGAACUCGGUAUGUACCUUAUGUGCCUCUACUGUAUACCAAUAUCUUUACCGUGUCCGGAUACCUUCUUACGUAUAACAUAACAC